UAUUAUUCAAAAAAUAUUUUAAUUUCUAUUUGUUUUAAAGAUUGAUUUAAUAGUUUAUUUUCAUUAUUCACAGAAGUGGAUGACGUAAUUAAUUAUUGUUUCGGUGACCUGUACCACAAAUUUAGUAAGAAAUGGCGGACGCAAUUAUUUAAGAAAAGGGUUUUUGUGAAUCAAUUUUUUCUAAUAUAUAGUACAUUUGCUUGGAUAUUGAUGAAUUAGAUUGAGUUUAAUCGAAUUUGUUUAAAUAGUGUAGUUCCGGACGUUCAAGGACAAUUAACAUGGGAUGAAAUAAAUCAACUUGCUUCAGUCUUUGUUGGUAUUAAAUAUAAGAUUCAAAGUACCUUUUCAGUAUUUUUGUUCAUCAGUUUCGUUAUGGAAAUAGACGUAACGGAUGAAGCAAAUACUGAAAAGAUCGAGAGCUCUUCAAGUCAAAGUGAAAAUGAAAACUCCACAAAAAUAACAACUGUCAACAACACAACAGUAUCUAAUAUUGUUAACAGAGAACAUGAAAAUAAUAACAUAUUGAAUAGAAAAGGAGCCAAGCAUGCAUUACGACAACAAGCAAAGAGAAGGAAGAAAAAUACUACUAUAGCAUCUGGUAAUGCUGCUUCUGUACCCAGAAUAAUCGUAAAGCCCCUUCCUCCUCAGUCUAUUGAAGAAAUACCUGUAGAUACACAUAUUAAUUUUCAAUCUCCACCACAGGCUAAAACAAUGAGAGAAGUAUUAGCUUCAAUACCAGGAUUCAAUAUGAAACAUCGUAAAAGAACUAAUAAGAAAUUAUCAACAGCAGCUCAACUUGAACAAACUAAGGAAGGUCAUAUUGAUUUAGAAACUCCAGAUUCUAUAUUAGUAAAUACAAACCUUCGGCUUUUAUUAAAUAAAGCCACAUUUUCUGCAUUACCUAUGUUGUACCAACAUAAGCUUAUACAAUUGCUACCAAGUGUUGAUAGACACAUGAUAAUUAGUUCCACAGAUCCUAACUCUCUUGAACUAAGUAAUUCUGGUUUGAACAAUGAGUUUUUUGCUAGGGCUUGUCUUGAAUGGCAAGAUAGAUUAGCUGAAGGGGAAUUUACACCAGAAAAUCAACAAAAAUUGAAGCUAGAAGCAGAUAAGGAACGAAGCAAAUUGGAUCCUUGGAAAUUGAAACAUUUUGAACCAAUUUGGGGUGAUAGAGGUCAUUCAUAUGGGCCUGAAUCUUCGACUUCUACAACUCAUAGUUCAGGAAGGCCACCUUUGAAAACAACAAUUAAACUCAGACACUCAACUGUAAAUAGUUCAAGAAGUAAAUCAACAAAUCCACCUCCAAUUAAAAGAUUAAGAACAGUUGGUGCAAUGACAAGAUCCUGUUUGAAAGAACUGGAAAAUAGAACAGAACCAGCAGCUCUUGAUGAAACAACAAAAUCUAAUAUUCCUGAUUUGUUGCCAAUUAAAUCUCUUAAAUCUCAUACUACAAAAGAAGACUCAAUUAGUGUAGUAGGGAUUGCUCAACUCUCUGAAAUAGAAGAGUCAAAAUAUAGUGAUAAUUUUAGUUUAGAAAAAGACAAUUGUAUAAUCAAUAUUAGUGAUACUAUAUUACAAAAUAAUGAGGAAACAAUCAUUAUAUGUAGAGCAAGUGAUGAAAGGAAACGUAGAAGAUCAGAAAGUUCAGAAAGGGAAGAACGAACUCAUAAGCGUUUAACACCUAGUCCUCUUCAUGUAGAUAUAGUGGAGGAUUCUGUAUAUACUGGUGAAAAUAUUUGCAAUGAUGCUAUGGAUGAUAGUAUGGAUGAACAAGAUCAUAAAUUAUCUGAAAACUCUGACCCCAUUUCUGAUCCUAUUGAAUUAGAUGAAAUGGAUGAAAAUAAAACCAUUACAGAAUAUGAAGAUAGUAAUAGCUCAAAUGCUCAGGAUGAAAUGUAUUGUCAUUCCUCCAUGCAAAACACAGUAAUGGAAACUCAGAAUGAAAAUGAAACAGUUGAUUUAUCUGAGUUGAACUGUGAUUUGAAAGAUGAUAACUGCUUUACCGAUGAUUCCACCACAACCGAUGGUAAAACUGAAGAAGAGAUUGAGAACAGUCCUUUUGAGGAUAUAUCUGAUACUAUCACUCUUAAUGAAUCUCAAAACGAUUGUACAGAACCUGUUGAUCCCUUGCUUCUGACAAAAGCAGAUGAGAGCUGUGAAAAACCAGAUGAUGUAGAAGAAGGUUCCUCACAAGACAUUCCGGAUACUUUUCAGAUAUUACCUAAUACUCUCAUUAUUCAGCAAGAAUCUUUGCUUAUAGAAAAGGAUUCAUGUUCUGAAAUAUGUGAAUCUGUGAAUUGUAUUCAAGAAUCGGCGGAAAAAUUAGAGGCUAGUGUUGAAGAAUCGGACCUAGUUAUAGCUCAACUUACUCAAACUACUUACAAUGCAUCUACAAGUAUUGCUGAUGAAGAUGCUAAUGAAGACCGCUUUAUUGAUGCCGAGAAUUAUGUUUUGGAAUCUGGACAGAUAACUGUCACUGAAAAAAUUGAUAAACCAGAAACAGAAAUGGAUAUACAGGCUACUCUAUUUGGAAACAAUAUGAUUGCAGAUACCAGGGAUUGUUGUUGGGGUCUUGUUGAUUCAAGCAGUGAAAAAUUAUUGCAAGUACCUCUACAAGCAUUAGAUAGUGUUACUCAAGUUGUGCCAUCUAGUAUUAUUCCUCAAGAGACAGCUGAUGUGACAGAAAAUGUGGAAGUCAUUCCUAUGAAGGAAGAAUUGGAAGUGAGAUUAGAACAAGGAAAUUUUCCUGUCCCUAGUGAUUGGCAUUAUGAUGUUAAAAUGGACUCUGAGACUGUUGCUGCCACCCUUGAAAUGACAGUCUCUCAAGAGAAAACUCAGGAGAAACCAAAACGUCUGAAUAGUUUCCCUGAUUAUUCGGCUACUAGAAACCAGGUCAAGCUAGAAUUAGAAGUAACAUUAACUCCAGAAAUUGUGAGUUCUGACAACUUGAUCACAAGUACGGUGAAUAAUAGCUGCAGUAGCGGGAAUUCAACAGUUACCCCAGCUGUGAAUAAAACUUUAACCACAGUUAUACCUCCAACUACCGUUAUCCCUCCAACAACUAUUGUGUGUUUGCCAUCUGUAGUGAGUUCAGCUGCAGUAAUGAAUUCUGGCGUGAAUGAAGUGACCCAUACCUCCCCUUUGCCAAGACCUGGUAUGGUACAAAGCUCCAGCGCCUUACCCUUUUUAGCUCUCAGUUCAUCCCAGCCCAUACGUGCAGUACCAACGCACAGUAAGGCCAAACCUAAAAUGUCCUCAGGUGGAAACCGUAAUAGAAGCAAUAACAAACCGCCUCCAGGAGCAGUUAACCUGGAAAGGAGUUAUCAAAUAUGUCAGGCAGUUAUUCAGAAUAGCCCAAACCGUGAUCAGUUGAGGUGUCAGCUGAAACCACCGCCAUCACUCCUUGCAGCAGUUGCAACUAAUAAUGCCAAAAAGGUUGAGAACAACAAGCAAACUCAAUACAGUUCAAUAACAUCAUCCAGAACGAAUAAGACUUUCACUCCGCCAUUGGCAUCAUCAGUAAGCUACCAGAUGGCUCCUGGCACCAAUGGAGUAUCGGGUAUUGGGCAGAAAUCAAGAGUUAUGCCUUUUCAACAAAGACAACCCAGUCCUCCUGUUGUGUUGAGACAUGUUUUCACCUCUGGUCAGAGAAUCCCUGUAACAAUGGCAGUUUUACCGCAAACUUCAAAUCUUAGCCCUGAAGUGGUUGAUGCUCAAAACCAUAUGGGCAAUGUUGGUCAAUAUAUUCUUGUUCAAAGAGCAAGUAUUAAUGAUCAUCAUGUACCUCGUUCUUCAAGCGCACCACCCUCACAUCCCCAGAUCGGGAAUACAAUAAAUACAUCAAAUAGCAUCCAACAAAUUAUCUCUAUGACCUCAAGAGGACGACCUGGCAGUGUUGAUACGGAGCACUCUAUUCAGGCUCAGCCAUCUAACGACUGCAUAGUGCAGAGCCCAAAUCCUGGUACGCAGGCAGUUACCCGCAGACACAGGCUACCCCCAGGCGUGGUAUAUGGAGAUGUAAGCUUAGAGAACCCUCUCCACAACUACACGAUCAUAGGAGACAAUGUUCUAGCUGACCAUCCUGCUGCUGCCAUGCAAUCUCAGAAGACAAGGUCCAAUGAUAGUUCUUGUGCUUGUAGCCUCAAAGCUAUGGUUGUUUGUAAAAAAUGUGGGGCAUUUUGUCACGACGAUUGUAUAGGACCUAAUAAGCUGUGCCGUACUUGCUUUAUUCGGUAGGUAGGUAUAUAAUAAGCAUGUCAUAUUAAGUACCUCAAUUUUAUUUGUUGGUUAUAAGGGAGUGGAAUUAAUCAAUUAAUAAUGUAUUUUGUUAUGUUGAACAAUGAUUUUUCAGUGUUGAAUGAAAAUCGUAAUGAAGUAAAUUCGUACAUUUUUAUAUGAGCACAGGGUCGAUAAUCAAACUAGAUAAAGUUGUAAAUAGCUUUUUUCCAAAAUCAAUUAGAUUUGAUGGCAGCUCAUUUGUGAUGAAUGAAUAUAUUUAAUAGAUCCCCCAUAAUUCCUUCAUCCUUAUUAUUAUAGUUAUCCAAAAAGUUAAAAGAUUCUAUGAACUAUAAGUGGUUUAUUUAAUUUUUUGCAUAAUAUUUUUUGCUGUAGAAAGAACUUUUUUAUGUUGUUCAAUAUUAUAAAUGUUUCUUGGAAUUAACUUGGAGAAUCUAUGUGCUUAAAAUCUAGGUGAAUGAUGGUAAGUGUACAUGGGAGAGUGCAAAUGAAAAUAUUUUUCUAUAUUUGAAGUUUUGGAAGUGGAUUUCGUUCAAGAUCAAGUGAUGAAUUAUUACCAACAAAUAAAAUUUUGCUACCAAAAUAAAUCACUGUGUUAUUAUUUAGAAGAAACAAAGAAGACUUGGUAAAGUGAUCACUAAAGGGAUUAGUUUUUACAUUUAUUUGUAGUAGAUAUACAUCAAUACUCUCUAGUACACUAGAUGUUAGCACAAAUUAUUUAUUUAUUUUUUAACAUUUUUUCAUUACAUAUCAUGUUUGUUUAUGAAAUAUCAUUCUACUUUCAUGAGAGAUAUAAAAAUCUCCAAUUGCGAUAUAUUGAAUACUGUUGGAAAUAGCAGCCUUUUUCAAGAAUAAAAUUGGGAGAAAGGCAAGAGUAUGAGUUAUAUACUUACUUUAUUUUCUCAAGCAUAGUUAUAAAUUUUUUUUCUGUGAUAUUAUUUUGACCUAGUUGUUAGAAAUCCAAAUUUGGGUAAUCAACAAAUACUUCAAAAGAAGUUAAUAUAUCUAUAAUUUCAUUGCUCUCCAAAUCAAUAUAGCUAUCACUUUUCUCUUACCCCUGUACUAUAUUUUCAACCAGUGUUAUAUUUUAUUUCUUCAAAGUUUUCUUUAUGUUUAAUGUAAAGUGCCAAAUAUUUUGAUGGGGGCUAUUAGAUGAAAAAUAGUUUGGAAGAAACGAAAUUUGUGUCACUAGAAAUUUGAACAGAAAAGUAAAAUGUUGUUUCAUGAAAAUAUUCAGUUAAUGACAUAUUUAUUAUUUUUAAAUGUCUUCCAAAAAUUCGAUUAAAUCUUAGCAGAAGGUAAUCAUCCUCUCACACCUAAAAUUUUCAAUAAAUACUACCUCAGAUGUUUUGAUGUUUUUCUUUUGUCAAUUUUUUGGUAUAUUCGGUGCAAUAUUUCUUGAAACUUUUAUAAAGACAGAAUUUCUGAAAAAUAUAUGUCAUUUAGGUAUACACUUAAGAUUCUCUCCACCAUUUGCUUAAACUGCUUUUCUUAGAUAUUUUUUAGGUAUUUAGAAUAAAAUGUGUAUAAUGAUUAUUUUCAUAAAUCUUAUAUAGUUUAAGAUAUAAUUUUAUGUACAGUAUCUUUUUACUUCUUGUGUCACAAACACGAUAAUUUCAAAUGAAUGUAUAUACAUAUACUGUCCUUUUUUGCUGAUUUGAAAUACAUUACAUUGUUUAUUUAA